AUGACAAGCAUUAAAUUGGAUAAAAAAAAAGACGAAUGUGAAAAAAAAUACUAUGAUAAUAAUCGAUGUGUGUUAAAUGAAAUAAAGUUGGAAAACAAAUUUUCAAAUAUCAAAGACAUUGAAUUUAAAUCGAACAAAAAUAAUAAGAAAGAAACAUUUAUAAAUAAAAAAAGGAAGAAUGAAAAUAUAUUAACUCAAAGAAUUGUUCAAAUAAAAAAAGAGAAUACACAUGUUUUAAAUAAUUCUGAUAUAGUAUGCAAUAUAUUAUCAUUUUUAACAUUUGCUGAAAGGUGGAAAUAUAAAAUAAUAAGUAUGUCUUUUUAUAAUGCAUUUAAUACAAAAUAUGGAUGGAAUAGUGUUGAUUUUCGUUUUUUUAAUAUAGAUUUAUUAAAUAUGAAUUUUUUGGAUAAAUAUAAAAAACUUCUUUUUAACACAAAUGGAUUAUUUUUAUCAGUUCAUGAAAAUGAGAAUGUAGAAGAAAUAAUUAAUUUUUCUAUAAAUAAUUUUAAAAAUAUUAAAGAUCUUAGAUUAUAUUUUCGAAAAAAAAAUACAAAUUAUAUAUAUGAAGGUAUACACCCAACUGUUGCAAAUUUAUUAAACAAUAAAUUUUUAAAUGAAAAAAAAAAAAAAAAAAAAAAAAACGAAAAAUACACUUUUAAUAAUACUUGUUAUGCGCCUAAUCAAUUAGAAGAUAUAUUGAAAUUUACAGAAAAUGAAACAGAAUCUUAUCAUACAUAUAAUUCUAAUAAUAAUGAAUCAGAAAUAGACAAUAAACAAUUUCAUGAAUAUAAUAAUAUUAAUUAUUAUUUUAGCACAUUUCCAUAUUAUUCUAUUGAUUAUGAUCCCGACUUUUCUGAAUCAUUUUUCACUAAUUGUAAUACAUUUCAUCUUUCACGAUCCAAAAAUUCCCCAAAAAAUUCUGAGAAUAAUAAUAUAAAAAAUGAUACAAUACAAAAAUAUAUGAAUAUUUUAAAAAAAAAUAAUGUGUGUAAAAAUUUAGAAAUGAAAAUCGAUUUUCAUAAUUUAGAAAGAUUAGUAUUGGAUGUGGAAAUUAAAGGAAAUGAUCUUUUAUGUUUUGUUGGAAAAUUCAAAAAUUUAAAAGAUAUAAUAAUUAGUAAAUUAUUAUAUUCUGAUAAUUUAAAUAGAUCUCAAAUUGUAACAAUAUUUACUUGUUUUGUUGAUAAAAUUAAACAAAAUAAUAUUCGAAUUAUACAACUUGGCUUAUAUUUUAGACAUGAACACAAAAAAACAAAUUAUUUAAAUAACGAAACAUUUAGAAAACUUUUAAAUGAACAUACUAAUUCUUUUUAUGAUAUUAAUAAUGAAGAAGGGGAUGAAUUAAUAUCUAUUUUGUAUAAAAAACAUUCAGAAUCAUUAUAUUGUUUGUGGAGUAAUGAUUUAUUUAUAUCCUAUGAAAUGUAUGAGAGUAUCAAAAAAUUUAGAAAUUUAAAGAUAUGGACUCUUCCAGGAUGGAGUGCCUUGUCUUUUGCCAAACUAUAA